AUGGACUCGGAUUGGCUGAAAAUAAUUCUGUUGGUGGUGAUGACAGUGCUAUCGGUGUUAUUUGGCGUGCUGCCAAUAAAGCUGAGCUCCAAGCUGAAGGAACUUUCGCACCGAGGAGCAAUGCGGAGUCGAAGUCAACUGAUCAUCUCAGUAAUCACCUGUUUCGCGGGCGGUGUUUUUCUGGGUGUCUGUCUACUGGACGUGCUGCCGGAUGCACUCGAUUCGUGGGAGAAUGUGCAAAAAUCGUUGGACUACAACACCGAUUAUCCCUUCGUUCCGCUGUUGUGCGGACUCGGGAUUAUGGUGGUAUGGGUUUUUGAGGAAUGUACAAUCGUUUGUCACAAUGUGGCCAAUCGUCGAAUCGAUGCGAAAAGUAUGGCAAGUUCCCGGGACGAGGACGUUGAGGGUGAUAUAUUGAGGCAACGAAAGGCUACGAUCAUUUCGAGGAUGUCUUCUACGGCUCGGCUCGACAUGGGCGAGACGCCACUGAUCCGAUCCAUCACCUUCGUUUCGGCAUUUGUGUUUCACUGUUCGCUGGAAGGGUUCGCGUUUGGGAUACAGGAAGACACCGUGUCCAUCACUUCACUAUUUGCCGGCAUCAUGCUGCACAAGUGCGUGGUGUUCUUCUCGAUCGGGGUACGGCUGGUGAAGGCACAUGGACAACGGACGUUCGUCGUCGUCGGCCUGAUCGUAUUUGUGGCAAUUACGGCACCGUUGGGAGGAGCUAUCGGGAUUAUUGUUAAGGACUCAAAAAUCAACACGACCGCGAAGGAUGUGUCAAUGUUGGUGCUGAGCUGUCUGUCGCUCGGCACAUUUCUCUACAUUACAUUUUUUGAAUUGCUGGGCCCGGAAAAGGAGAAUCGACACGCGAAUUUCGUGCAGUGGCUCGGGGCGCUGGCCGGGUUCGCCAUUAUCGGAGUCGUCAUGGUGUUUGCUGGA